AUGCAGGCGGUAGACGCACUAACCAAGAUGAUGGGCACAACUAAACACAUCGACGCCAGAGAUAAUGCUGGACGAUCAGUUCUCUUCCACGCAGCCUGCGGUGGCAGCAAAGAAGUCAUCCGUGGCCUGGCCGACUUGGGUGCCUCGAUAGACGUUGGAGAUGACUACGGCCGCAGCCCGUUACAUGCCGCCGUCAUGGCCGAUCAACCAUCAGCCGCCAACGCGCUUCUCAAGUUGGGGGCGAAAGCGGACAACGUCACCCAUGCACUCGGUUUGACCCCCUUGCAUUUCGCAUGUCUUUAUGGGUCUAUCGGCUGUACUUACGAGCUCUUGAAGAGCGACGGGUCUGGACCGGCGGACUUGAACCGAUGGUCGAGCGGCGAGUAUGCCUUUUUCCAACCGAUCCAUCUAGCUGUUGCCAAUGAUCAUGUUGAGAUUGUGACUCGGCUUGUGAUGCUAGGCUGCGACUUAGAAGGCCGCUGCAACGGUUAUCUGAAGCUCGAGAAAACUGAUGGUCCCGACGGCCGAAUAGGCAGAUUGGUGAGAUUAGAAUCACCAUUGACGGCUCUUGAUCUGGCCAUUGUUCUUGGUAAGAAGGAUAUGCUGCCAGAGCUACAGCAAACCAACGCAGCUCGACGGUACGAAUAG